AAACUACUGAUACAGCGCUAUAGAUCGGCGAUCACGCGUUGUUGUCGGAUUAUAUAUUAGACUUAAGCACGCCGGCUUGACUCCGUCUUUCGUUGUGAACUCGCACCGGGGAAACAUCGGAGUGGAAGACCCUCCUUUCGGAACCGACUAAUGUCGUUGACUAACCGAAGGAGGUGAAGGUGCACCGAACGGACAUAUAUGUCUUGCCGAAAUUGGUGCAAUAGUUGGGAAAUCAUGCCAGUAAAUCGGAAACAUCAAAUAUUUAUACUACUGUGUCUUCAUUUCACCUCUGUGCAGUCAGACUUUGAGCGAGUGUGUAAUUCUCAAACCGACCUCCGUGGACCGGAUCCACAAGGAAUAUGUGGUAGACUGAUUCCGGAAAUGCUUCAUUUGGUAUGUGGCGGACAAUAUUACGUACCAUCGAAGCGUGACGUCUCAUCACUGUCUCAUCAUAAACAGGACAGAAAUGUCGAUUUUCCACGGUACUCACCCUUAGAAGGGCUGAUCCUCGGCAAAAGAGAGGCUUCUAUGUAUCUGACCAGCCAACAUUCGAGAACCAAGAGAAAUGCAUACCAAGGCAUUGUAUGCGAAUGCUGUUACCAUGGCUGCAACUGGUUCGAACUCCAGCAAUAUUGCGGUUUCAGGAAGAAGCGAAAUACCGAACCCGACUCAAUUUCAGCAAGUUCACAAAAUUCUGGAAAAUUGAUUGAUAGUGUCUUGAACAAAUGAUACAAAAACAUCCGGAUAUUGUUUUGACGAUGAAUUUAUUUUUAUAAUAGGGCAUUUUAUGAAAAAAAGGCUGAGAAUCUCGUUUUACUUUGCUUAUUUUUAUUUUCUCGAGUGAAUCGCUUUUUUACUUCUCAAAUUGUAUUUUUUUCGUUGUACGUGUGGCCGUGAUUGUGCCGUAAAUGGAGGGAGAGUAAUUUGUUCGGGCGAUGGAUAUUCAAGUUCAUAAUUGUCCAUUCUUUUCGCUUCAUGUAAAGUUCAGCAUCUCUGUAUACUGUGCCUUAUGUAUGAAUUUGUACGGGAGAAACAAAACAGGGUCCCAUUAAUCCGAUUUCUAUUUAGAUCUCUCGGUCAUUUUUCAAAGAAUAUCAAUUAAUUGUCCAUCUUGACCGUAUUGAAAUUUCUUUGAUAAUGAAAGUUCUGUUUUGAAAAAUAAAAUACGAUUUUGUGCUACAUGUAGAUCGAUGCAGUUACUUGUGCAUUUCUCUUUACUGAUGAUUUCUGUUAGUGUUUAAAUAUUCUUUCUUUUUAAUGAAAGAUUAAAAAAAAUGAAAGGUGAUCAAGACACCCUGAAUAGAAAUGGGCUUUAACAUCUCUCCUAACGUACAGCGGUGUACUUCAGAUGAAUAAAGGUACUACUAACCUACUAA